CGGGCCGUUCGUGAUUCUGUAGUUACCCGACCCGUUUUCCUUCUGCUCCAUGUCAGUUUUCCCCUUUCGGGUCACCAUGAUUGUCUCUGAUUCCGAUUCGGCUUCCCCAUCGUCCAACUCUCGCCAAGCCGAUCAAUCGGCCUCUGGCCGUGACCCAAGUCACACUCAACCAUCCCAGCCAUCGCCGUCGGCCAUGCCUGGUCAAAAGCGGCGCCGAUUGAGGAAGCAAUUCCCUUCCUCUCCCCCAGCACAGGAGGACUCGAGGGUUAGAUUGGAUGAGAACAUCAUGGCGUUAUGCCAUUGCAAAAUUACUGACCGGGGGUUCGCCGAUGCUACUGACAUGGUUGGACCCUCUAACGAGGUCCUAAGACCUACCAGCAUCCAAACCUCCUUAGACCCUCCGUCAAGGUUUUUUAUAGUCCAUCUGGCGUCUCUAAAGAAGGGGCUUCGAUUCCCUCUCCACCCGUUGUUGAUUGAAUUCCUCAACGUGGUGGACCUCCUUCCUUGCCAACUAGUCCCCAACUCUCACCGGUACAUUGCCGAUUAUCUGAUCAGAUGCAAGGAUAUAGGGGUGAAGCCUACUCUUGACGACUUCCUCAACAAGAAGGGGUCAACCAAGGACUGGAAGCCCUUCUUUGUCUUUGUCUCGACGGGGCACGAAUCUCCUUUCACGGGUUCAGGGCUCCCUUCCUUCCGUCGCAUCCCAUGUCCCCCAUCCGACGCCACCCUCUUGUCCAUCACCCGCCAACUCUGCGGCCGAGGGGCCGUUGAUAUCACGGAGGUGGUGACCGAGGAGUCUCUUGCCGGGAUGGGGUUUGAGUUCGUCCAAGAUGAGCUUCGUCACCAACCUCAGAUGUUAAGGGAUAUUCCCGGGGGCAAUCGGCCCGACCUGCCCAGGGACUUUCCUGAGGGAGGCCUUGACUGUGUUGAGCCACAAGGAUUAGAAAGAGAGAUGGAUGGUGACCUCUUGCUCGGUCGCUUCAUGGCGGGGAAGAAGAGGAAGAGAGACGCAACCAAGCAGAGCAAAAGGAAGCGCUCUUCCUCCCGCGGAAAAGAUAGUCCUUCUCGUGAGCAGACCGUGAUCGUGGUGGAGGACCAGGAUGAUGCGGCUCUAGAGACGGGUAAAAUGGUGAUCCACUCCUCACCGCGUUCUCUGAAGCGGGGUGGCGACCUUGCCGGGUUGUCCCAGGGCGUUAUCUCGGAGCGACCUCCUCCGUCGCCUGCAGUGACUUACGAGGUGGCGACCGAGGGUCGCUUGACGAGGUUCAGCAUUCCUCCCCCGUCUCCAAGUCUAGGGGACGUGCAACUGGAGACCCUAAUCACUCUGCCCGCGGAGGACAGGGCUCGCAUCUCGGCCGUUUCCGAAGAUGACCUCAACAACAUGGCCACGCUGGGGAUGAUUGAGGUAGUCAGCCGGAGACGGGACCGCCAAGCUGCUGUGGACGAAGCGAUGAAGGCUGCAGAAGCUAAGCAAAAAGAACCGCAGGAGGAGGUCGCUCGUCUCACAAGAGAUUCGGAGGAGAAAGAGGGUUGCUUUGCUUCCCUUGAGGCAGAGAAAGCCUCCUUGGCUUCAGAAAUAAGGUCCAUUUCUGCCCGCGUAGUUGAGCUGGAAGGGGAGAAGACCGAUUUGAUUCAGCACUUGGAGACGAAGAGGAGCGACCGAGUCCGUCAUGUGGAGGAAGCGAUCAAGUCCUACAAGUCUUCUCCUGACUUUGCUGUGGUUGCUAUGGAGCGAAUGGACAAGGUGGCGGCCGAAUGGCUAAAAACCGAGCCUGGGGCCCAAUGGAUGGUCAAGGAGGGGACGAAGUCCUUCAACUGCGGACUCUUUCGUGCCCAGCAGGUCUUCCGCGACAAGCUAGCCAGGCUCUCCAAAGGAUUCUCUCUCCCCGACCUUGGCUUUCCCCCUCCCUGCCGUGCCCUGGCUGAGUUCGGCCCCAGUCCUUACUUGAACGAGGGGAGCUCAAGUGCCUCUGACGAGGAAGAGGAAGAAGCUGCGCUGAACGACCAGGACGGACCGGGUGACCAAAAUACAGGGGCCCACCUGGCGACCUCCAAGGCGGGAGGUGCCAGCUCAAGCGUCUAACCACCCUAGUCUUCCCCCUG